GUUUAUUGGAACUCAUUGUGGGGUCCUUAUUUCUGUUGUUCUAAGUGGGGUGUUAUUAUGCUUGUUCUAAGCAUGGGGCCGGACAUUAAGGUGAAAUAGUAUGAAAUAGUAUGCCCAGAUUGGCCUGCAUGCGGGGCAGAGCAUGCAAGCUGGAUCCCGAGCCUUUGGGUGAGGUAUGGAAUCCUCUCUCCCGCCAAGCUUUUGUAGGACAUGCACUUCUGAAGCUGGAUGUUUGUAAAUUGAAUUCAAUUACAAAUAGACCGAAGGGUGUAGGAAAUUUUGCAAUGCAAAAGGACUCCUGGUAACUUCAACACUCCCUUAAAACCUCAAAAGACUCCACACCUCCUCUUUGCUGGGGACUAAGGACAGACAGACGGACUUUUUAUUUUCCUGGCUUCCAGUACAAUGUUCAGCAUCUAUUGGGCACAAAAACGACAUGGCACCAAUGAACCCUAAAAAUGCUCCUAAUAUCUGAGGAAUCUCAAGAGAGCUGAGCUAACUGGACAUGAUGCCUGCCUGGCUGGUCUCUCUUUUGAGUAUGGAAGUCCUACUGUUAGCAAAGCCUUAUUCGAGUUUCCAGAUUGAACCGGCAGAAGGUAGCCUUGCAGGGGGAACAUGGAUCACAGUUGUAUUUGAUGGUUUGGAUAGAAGUAUUCUUUACCACAACAAUGGCUCCCAGCUGGAGAUAGACCUGGUGAGUGUGGCAAUACCUACCUUGAGGAUCCCCUGUGAUGUCUCUCCAGUCUUCCUCUUCGCGGAUUUGCCUGUGGUGACAUGCCAGACGAGGUCUCUUUCCUCAGAAGCACAUGCAGGUCCAUACUCCGUGGAAAUAUCCUUUGGGGAGCAAGUGCUAGCCACUCCAUGUCCUGGAUCACUAGACAGCUGCACUUUCAAGUUUUCCAAGGAUCAGACACCUGUUUUAUAUCAAGUUUUCCCAGCAAGUGGAGUUCCAGGAGCAGUAGUGCACGUGUACGGCCGGGUCAUCACUAACUGGCUGGAGACCUUCGAUCCUGAUGUGGACUACAUAGAGAGCCCAUUGAUCCUAGAAGCUGGAGGAGACAAAUGGCUUACUCCGUGUUCUCUUAUAAACAGGCAGACAGGAAGCUGUUUUCCCAUCCAGGAGGAACAUGGCCUUGGGACUGUGCAGUGUCGUGUGGAAGGCGAUUAUAUUGGUUCUCAGAAUGUUAGUUUUUCAGUAUUUAACAAAGGGAGGUCGAUGGUGCAUAAGGAAGCCUGGCUCAUCAGUGCUAAACAGGAACUGUUCCUGUACCAGACAUACCCAGAAAUCUUAUCCGUGUUUCCAAAAGUUGGGAGCCUUGGGGGAAGAACAGAUAUCAUCAUUACAGGAGAUUUCUUUGACCCUUCUGCCCGGGUUACCAUUGCAGGCAUCCCAUGUGAUAUUAGACAUGUGUCUCCCAGGAAGAUUGAGUGUACUACCAGGGCUCCAGGAAAUGAAGCAAGGCUCACUGCUCCUCAGGCAGGCAAUCGAGGACUCCGUUUUGAAGUUGGAGAUGCUACUAAGGAUGAGGAACUGACUGAAGCCACCCCAGGGUACAGGUGGCAGAUAGUUCCUAAUGCCAGUUCUCCAUCUGGCUUUUGGUCAAAGGAAGGGAGACCUUUCAGAGCACGGCUCAGUGGGUUCUUUGUGGCUCCAGAGAUAAACAAUUACACAUUCUGGAUCCAGGCAGACAGCCAAGCUUCCUUGUGUUUCAGUUCUUCAGAGGAGCCAAGGACCAAGGUAGAAGUGGCCUCUGUUGGAGUUGGCACUGCUGAUUGGCUUGACUCUUGGGAGCAGAUCAGGCAUGAAGGGAGCUGGCACCAGAAGACAGCCAAGCUAGAACUGCAGGGCGGAGCCAAGUACUACUUGGAAGCAGAGCAGCAUGGGAUAGCUCCCAGCAGAGGGAUGAGAAUUGGUGUCCAGAUCCACAACACCUGGCUGAAUCCAGAUGUGGUCAACACUUACCUUCUGGAGAAACACCAGAUCCGAGCCCGAGCCCAGAGACUUCCAGACAUACAGGUGUUGAAUGUGUCCGGUAAAGGAAACUUUUUCCUUACUUGGGGCAAUGUAUCCAGCCAGCCAGUUCCUGCAAAUGCCACAGCCCAACAGAUCCAAACCACCAUUGAAGAGUUGCUUAUGGUGAAAUGCAACCUGGAACCCCUUUCAGCCCGUGUUCUACUCCGGCUUGGGUUUGAGCAAGGCUUAGAAGGCUCCAGAUCUGAUGGGGUCCUCACCAGUUCAACUGAACCCUUCUGUGGCAGAUUCAGCCUUGGUCAACUUGGACAUCUCACCCUAAUUCCAGAGGCUCUGGACAAGGGCUAUCAGCUGGAUCGAUACCCAUAUCUGUGCCUUGCAUACAGAGGCCAUAUGAACAAGACCCUGGGCGUGACUGUUUCUUUCCUAUCUGGCUUCCAAAAUAUUACGAAGAAUAUCACCUGUGACUGGAAUCUUACAGAUCUCCACCCUGAGAGCUGGCAGUUCACUUGCAUUAACCUCUGGGACACAUGUGUGCGUCACUCUGAGGAUCUCCAGUCUUCUCUGGCAAACACCCCAUUGCUAGUUCAUCGGAUUGACAUCCGCCCCAUGGUUCCGGAGGCAGGCCUGCUCUAUGUGGAUGAAAUUAUUCUUGCAGACACCAACGUAACAGUUUCUCAAGCUGAUUCUGGAAUACCCUGCCCAGGUGGGAAUGUGGUGGAGUCAGUAUCGGUGGUGGGAGUCCCUCCAGUCUACACCAUAGCCUCCUGGUUGGCAGGAUGUGGCUCAGAGCUCCCUCUCAUCACUGCAUGCUAUGUGUCCACGGAAGAAACAGGAGAUGGAUCUGAAUUGGUUGAGGUGACAGCUCAAAGACUCCAGAGGACAAGCCCACCUUUGGGAGGACACUUUUUCCUCUACCUCUCUGACACAGUGAUACCUGAUGUUCCGGUGCACAUGUCUGCCCGACAGCUGCAUAAGCUACUGCAGGACAGUGCGGAUGAGUCCACAUCUGGAUAUGUCAAUGCCGGAGACUUCACUGUGACAGAGGAUCUGAAUUCCUGCUAUGAACAUGUGUGGACUCUUUCUUGGACCACUCAGAUUGGGGAUUUGCCCAAUUUUAUCAGGGUCUCUGAUCAGAAUCUUACCGGGGUGAGUCCCGCUGUAACUGCUCGCGUGGUACAUGAUGGUGGAGUUUUCCUUGGACCCAUCUUUGGAGACAUGUUGGCUACUGCCAACCAGCAAACUCAGGUGGCUGUACAGGUGAAUGACAUACCAGCCUAUUGUUCAGGCUCCUGUUCUUUCCAAUACCAGCAAGAGUCAACUCCCAGUGUGGACCAUGUGUGUUAUUCCCUUGGAAAUGAUGUCAGCUUGCUGGUUCAUUUUACUGGAACUGGUUUCCCUAGAGAUCCCCAGUUCUUACAGGUCACGGUGAACAAAACUAGCUGUGAAGUUAUUUUCUCAAACGAAACCAACGUGGCCUGUGAGCUGGCCCUGCUACCAGUUGGAGAGCACCGGAUUUUUAUGCUGGUGAUACCAUCAGGCCUUGCUGUUAAUGCCAGUGGAGAAGACCUCUUCCUGCACGUGGAACCCAGGCUAGAUGCUGUGGAGCCUUCUACAGCCGCAGAGAUUGGAGGACAGUGGGUUACCCUCCGAGGCUCUAGUUUGGAAGGUGUUAGCCUGGUGUUAUUUGGAACGCAGUCAUGUAUCAUUGAUGUCAUUAGAAGCAAUUCACAACAAAUUCAAUGCAAAGUCCCACCUAAGGGGAAAGAUGGAUACACUGUGAAUGUGACUGUGAUCAGUGGAGACCACUCUACAGUUCUUGACAGAGCAUUUACAUAUGUCUCCUCUUUAAAUCCAGUGAUUGUGUCUUUGAGCAGAAACAGAAGCAACAUAGCAGGAGGUGAGAUUCUGUUCCUUGGGAUGUCACUGCUGGUGAACUACACAGAUCUGGAUGUGCAAAUCUAUGUGCAGGAUGCUUCUUCUCAGGUCCUUUCACAGACAGUGUGGGGACUGGAGGUAGUGUUGCCUCCACUAGUGCCUGGCAUCCAUGCGAUUUCAGCAUUCAUCAAUGGAGUCAGUAUUCAUUCACAAGGGGUUGACCUCCAUAUCCAGUACCUCACUGAAGUUUUCAGCGUGGAACCUUGCUCUGGGUCUCUCUUGGGAGGGACUCUCCUCGGUCUCUCAGGAACAGGACUGGGCAGAGACCCAGCUCUGAUUCGGGUGCUUGUGGACAGUCAUCCUUGUGAUAUUGUGAACGUAACAGAAGUGAACAUUUGGUGUGAGACUCCUCCAGCUGUACUACCACCCAGGGCAGAUGUUCUCACUGUCCCAGCCUCUGUGGAGAUCUGGGCUGGCAACACUUCCUUCUUCCAUGGACCAAGCUUGGUGGGGAAGGGCUUUACCUUCACAUAUGAAGCAGCCACAACACCAGUGGUCACUGCUAUGUGGGGAGAAUUCAGGAACAACAGUGUGAGGUUUUAUGUGAAAGGAAAUAACAUCUCUGACUCAGUCAUUCUUUUGGGGUCCUUGAAAUGUGACCUUGAAGUACAAGUUUUUGGUGAUCACAUGAACCUGUCUGGCUGCUCCUUUCCUCUUCAUAGUUUGGAAGCCAGGGUCUAUACUCUCCAAGUUCGUCACAAGAGGAUGGGGUUUGCCAAUAUGUCUGUGGUGCCUCAGAAAUUUGAGUUGUCACCUCAGAUUAUUGCCAUCUUCCCAACACAUGGGUCUAAAUGUGGUGGGACAAUACUUACUGUAAAGGGCAUGGCCUUCAGUUCCAGAAGGAGGUCAGUUCAUGUUGACAUUUCAGGUCCUUUUGCUUGCAUGAUUUUGAGUUUGGAAGACCAUACAGUCCUUUGCCAGACCAGCUUUGUGGGUGACCAGUUUUCUGAAUCAUCAUUGGCUCUAAACAUCACAGUUCUGGUCAAUGGGCUGACCAGCAAGUGUGAGGGGAACUGUACAUUCUUCAUAGAGGAAGCAGCAACUCCUAUUGUGGAUGCUUUGACUAUAAGCAUCAGUGGAUCUCUAACCAUGGUGCUGAUGAGAGGCCGGAGGUUAGGUACCACUGCUGAUGAGCCAAUAGCAUUUGUGGAUGAUCAACUUCCCUGCCACACAACUUUCUUCAAUACCAGCCAUGUGGCAUGCCAGAUAAGAGAUUUGGCCCCAGGGUUCCACUAUCUGUCAGCUGUUCAUACAAGUGCUGGAUACGCUUGCCUCAACAGUGUUUCUAGAAACUUCUUCAUCGUGCCUCAGGUACUUGAUUAUUUUCCUAAGGACUUUAGCAUCCAUGGUGGAAGUCUCUUGACUAUAAAAGCCACAGUCCUGCGAGGAUGGAAAGCUACAGUUGUCUAUGUUGGCCGGCAGGUUUGUCUAACAGCGAACAUCAGUUCUGAGUUCAUCCAGUGCAUUGUUCCUGCAGGAAAUGGCUCUGCUGCUCUGGAAGUUGAUGUGGAUGGAGUUUUAUACCACAUAGGAUUUGUUGAUUACAGCAGCAUCUUUACCCCAGAAUUGCUUUCUGUUUCACAGAGCAAAGACAUCUUAACCUUUACAGUGGCCCGGAUCUCAGGGGCUGCAAAUGUUGACAUUUUUAUUGGGACAUCACCAUGUCUAGGUGUUGCUGGUAACCGUACAGUUCUCCAGUGCAUGGUCCCUUUGCUUCCUGCUGGGGAGUAUCUUGUCACAGGUUAUGAUCACAGCAGAGGAUGGGCCUCAUCCACUCUCAUUCUUGUGCUGAGAGCCACUGUGACCUCAGUGACAGGGAACUAUGGAUGCCUGGGUGGAAGGCUUUUGCAUGUGCUUGGAGCAGGAUUUUCUCCAGGGAACAUCUCAGCUGCCGUAUGUGGUGCUCCGUGCCAAGUCUUGGCUAAUGCGACAGUGUCUGCCUUCAGCUGCUUGGUUCUGCCUCUGGAUGUGUCCUUGGCUUUCCUAUGUAACCUGAGGCAUGCAGAAGACAGCUGUCAAGUCAGGAGCCCCACCUACUUGCAAUGUGAUUUGACCAUCUCCAUGGGAACAGAGAGACUGCCUGGAUCCUGGCCUUACAUCUACCUUUGUGAAGAGAGUUCCCUGAUCCUCUUCGAACCAAAUCACUGGGCAGAGUCAGUCUCUCCAUCGUUCUCAGGCCUCUUCCUCAGCCCUAAAGUGGAAAGAGAUGAAGUUCUCAUCUAUAAUAGCUCCUGUAACAUUACCAUGGAAACUGAGGCAGAGAUGGAGUGUGAGACGCCUAAACAGCCAAUUACCACCAAGAUUACUGAGAUACAGAAAAGCUGGGGCCAGAACACUCAGGGCAACUUUUCCUUCCAAUUCUGCCGAAGGUGGUCCAGGCCUCACAGUUGGUUUUCUCAAAGAGUGCCACACGAUGGCGACAGUGUCACAGUGGAGACCGGUCACCUGCUACUGCUUGAUGCGAACACUAGCUUCCUGAACGCCCUGCACAUUAAAGGUGGCAAGUUGAUCUUCAUGGAGCCGGGACCCAUUGAGCUCAGAGCCCACUCCAUCCUUAUUACAGAUGGUGGAGAGCUCCGUAUUGGAUCUGAGGACAAGCCUUUCCAAGGCAAAGCUCAGAUCAAAAUCUAUGGAAGUGUCCAUUCCACUCCCUUCUUUCCCUAUGGAGUCAAGUUCCUAGCUGUGAGGAAUGGAACUCUUUCCCUGCAUGGUUCAGUUCCAGAGGUUACUGUCACCUAUCUUCAAGCAGCUGCACAUGCAGGAGACACAGUGUUGGCUCUGGGGGAAGCGGUGGACUGGCACCCUGGGGAUGAGGUUGUCAUUACCAGUGGGAUGACUGUAGAAGGUGCUGAAGCAACAGAAGAAGUUGUUGUUGUAGAAACUGUCCGCAAUGCAGACCUCCAUCUCAGGAACCCUCUGAGAUAUUCCUACAAUUUCAGAGAGAACUGGGUAGCUGGAGAGAAUCAUAUUUUGAAGGCAACAGUUGCUCUCCUCAGUAGGAACAUUAUCAUCCAAGGAAAUCUCACUCUUGAGAGGGCAAAGCUUCUCAAUUCAUGUCAGGAGGCCAACACUGCUGAAGGUAACCUGAAGCACUGUUUGUAUUCUAAGAGUGAGAAGAUGCUGGGAGCCAGGGAUCUGGGGGCCAGAGUCAUCAUUCAGUCCUUCCCAGAGGAACCCAGCUUGGUCAAGCUGAAGGGACUGCAGUUCAGAAACCUGGGACAGGCCUUCCAUAAGCAUCUGAGCUCACUCACACUGGUGGGAGCUAUGAGAGGCUCUUAUCUCCAAAGUUGUUCAGUGUGGGACUCCUUCAGCAGAGGCCUUAGCAUGCACAGGACCUGGGGUCUGAAGGUGGACAGUAAUAUAUUCUAUAAGAUUGUAGGUCAUGCCAUGCUGCUGGGAGCUACUUUAGUUCAUUCUUUUCAAAGCUCAUUCUUUCCUGUGCUGCAUGGAUUUUGCACAAGUCUCCCCUGUCUGUCCAUGACAGUUGCUCAUGUGGAACAUUCUCUCUCCCGUACACCUCCAGGGUCCUACCUGGACAGAAGGUUUAGCACUAGUGAGAAUGUUACUGGAAGAAAAAAUGGUUGGUGGGAACAGGGAAGUACAAUAAGAAACAAUGUGAUCAUCAGUGUUUCUGGGGCUGAGGGACUGUCCAGUUCUGAAAUGUUGGCACCGGCUGGCAUCUACACUUUCAGUCCCACCAAUGUGAUUGAGGGCAACAGAGUGUGUGCAGCUGGCUAUGGAUAUGUCUUCCACCUUGUGACCAGCCAAACAUUACAAGCUCCACUCCUCUCAUUCAAUCGGAAUACUGCUCAUUCUUGUACAAGAUAUGGUCUCCUUGUAUAUCCUAAAUUUCAACCACCUUGGAAUAAUGAGACUGGCUUCACUCUGUUCCAAAACUUCAUGGUUUGGGGAAGCACUGGUGGUGCCCAGAUUUUUAGAAGUACCAAUCUACACCUGAAAAACUUCCAAGUUUAUGCAUGCAGAGAUUUUGGAAUUGACAUUUUGGAAAGUGAUGUGAACACUUUGAUUACUGACAGCUUUUUACUUGGUCAUUUCACCCACAAGGGAAGUCUAUGUAUGUCAGCUGGGAUCAAAACUCCACAAAGAUGGGAACUGACCAUUUCUAACACAACUUUUGUUAAUUUUGAUCUCAACUGUGUGGCCAUCAGAACCUGUUCUGGCUGUUCCCAAGGACAGGGUGGAUUUACUGUGAAGACCAGGCAAUUGAAAUUUGUAAAUUCAUCAAAUUUAGUAGCAUUUCCAUUUCCUCAUGCAGCAGUUUUGGAAGACUUAGACGGGUCCCUGUCUGGGAAAAAUGGAUCUCAUGUUCUUGCUUCUAUGGAAACCCUCUCAGACACAUGCUUGACCAAUGCAAGCUUCAGCCAGAUUGUUUCUGGCAGCGUCUGUGGGGAAGCUGUUCUCUUCCAUCGGAUGUCUAUUGCUCUAGCCAAUAGCCUUAAUGUUCCUAAGAAUUUAACCAUGACUGACAGCAGUAAUAAGACAAUCACUGUCAAUUAUGUGGAAGACACAUUGUCUAACUACUACGGCUGGAUCGCUCUACUCUUGGAUCAAGAGACCUACUUGCUGCAGUUCGAGGGCCCUUGGAUGAACAGAUCUUUGCAGUACUCAGCAACAUUUGACAGCUUUGCCCCUGGAAAUCACCUCCUGAUAAUGCACAGGGAUCUACCACCUUAUUCUGACAUCCUCCUGAGAUGUGGGAGUCAGGUGGGCCAGUCACUUCCAUCUCAUCCUUUGCCUAGCCAAGACAGAGCCUGCGAUUGGUUCUUCAAUAGGCAGUUGAGGCAGCUCACCUACCUGGUUUCAGGUGAAGGUCAAGUUAAGGUGUUUCUCCAACUGAAGCAUGGUGCACCUCCAAGUGUUUCAGCUUCUACAUCAGUACCUGAAUCAGCUUCAAGAUGGUCUUUUCCUGAAACAUGGCAAGAUGUUGAAAAAGGCUGGGGAGGAUACAACCACACCAUUCCAGGACCUGGUGAUGAUGUCUUGAUUUUACCCAGGAUUGGAUUGAGGACUUUUUAUAUACUAGCCAAGCCCUCAACCAUGAAGCUACAUCUCCAACUCUUGAACUUCCUCUCUCCUAAUUUCCAACCUUCAUUGAUGCAAGUGUGCUCAACUGAGUCUGGCUCAAGGUUGAUACUACGUGGUGCUUGGAUGAAGAACUUGGACAAGACUGUUCUUGUGGAUACUGAUCUCCCAGUGCUUCGAUGCCUCUAUGUGAUGGGUACCUUGGAUUUCCCUGUGGACAGAAGCAAUGUUCUGAGUGUAGCGUGCUUACUCAUUGCAGGAGGGGAGCUGAAAGUAGGCACUUUGGAAAACCCCUUAGAAAAAGACCAAAGACUUCUGAUAUUCCUUAGAGCCUCAGAAGGAAUCUUCUGUGACCAUUUUGAAGGAAUUCAUGUUGACCCAGGAACAAUUGGAGUUUAUGGGAAACUUCGCCUUUACAGUGCUUAUCCUAAGAAAUCCUGGGUACACCUUGGAGCUGACAUUGCACCGGGAAAUGAGAAGAUUAUAGUACACAAUGCAGUGGACUGGCAGCCUCAUGACACAAUUGUUCUCAGCUCUUCUUCUUAUGAGGCUCAUGAGGCAGAGGUCCUCACUGUGAAGGAAGUCAAGGGCCAUCACAUCAGGAUCUAUGAACGUCUAAAGCACAGGCACAUUGGAAGUGCCCAUAUCAUGGAGGAUGGCCAACAGGUUCAUUUGGCUGCUGAGGUUGGGCUGUUGACCAGAAACAUUAGAAUUCAGCCUGACUCACCCUGUAGCGGGAGGCUCCUUGUGGGGUCCUUCAGGAAGUCUAGCGGAGAAGACUUUUCUGGUGUUCUUCAACUUCUCAAUGUAGAAAUUCAGAACAUGGGAAUGCCAUUGUAUUCAUCUAUUGAAUUCACUGGUGUAUCAGCUGGAUCCUGGGUAAUAUCUUCUACUGUACAUCAAAGCUGCAGUGUGGGAAUCCAUGCGUCUUCCAGUCAUGGGGUGAUUUUAAACGAUAACGUAGUGUUUUGCACAAAUGGCCAUGGCAUCGAUGUAGAGGGUCAGAACUAUUCUCUCACCAAUAAUCUUGUCAUUCUGACAAUGCAGUCAGCAAACUCAUCUCCUUGGGUGGCAGGAAUCAAAGUGAACUAUGCAGAGGACAUCAUUCUCCAUGGCAAUGUGGUGGCAGGAUCUGAGAGACUUGGUUUUCAUGUCAGUGGUCAUGGGUGCUCCUCUGAAGUUCUUUGGUCUGACAAUGUGGUCCACUCAAGCCUCCAUGGCCUUCACCUCUACAAGAAACAUGAAUCUAACAACUGUACUGGUGUCUCUGGAUUUAUGGCUUUUAAGAACUUUGACUAUGGUGCCAUGGUUCAGACAGAGAAUAGUGUGGACAUACAGAAUAUCACUCUGGUAGACAAUACUGUUGGUCUUUUGGCUAUCACAUAUGUAUCUUCUGCUCUACUGAGCUCUGUCAGCACUGUACAGAUUACACUUAGGAAUUCAGUCAUUGUGGCCACUAGCUCCUCUUUUGACUGCAUCCAUGACAGAAAGGCUCCUCAGUCAGCCAACUGGACAUCAGCAGAUAGAGCACCUUCCAAUCCCAGAGGAGGCCGAAUCGGUAUCCUGUGGCCUGUUUCUGCCUCAGAACCAAGUGGAUGGCCCCAGGAGCCAUGGCACAAAGUAAGGAGCAGUCAUUCAGUUCCAGGAAUUAUGAAGCUUCAAGAUGUCACCUUUUCUGGUUUUGUGAAGAGUUGCUAUAGCAACGAUCUGGAUGUCUGCAUCCUGCCUAAUGAGUAUAGCACUGGAGUCAUGUUCCCAAUAACAACAGAGAGGACCAGAAUGCUGAGGAUAAAGGACAAAAACAAGUUCUACUUUCCCCUAUUACAGUCCAGCAGAGACUUAGUGGGAACCAUCUGUCCCACAUUGGACUGUGAAUAUCCAAGAAAAUACCUUUUCACAGAUCUUGAUGGGAGAACCCUGGGUCUACCCCCACCAGUUUCUGUGUUUCCAAGGACAGAGGAAGAGUGGACUGGAUCCUUCCUCAAUACAGGGAUAUGGUACUGGUUCUUAAACUCUCAGGAAAUCUACUGUAUAUCCAGAGAAGAACAGAAAUGCACAUUCCGAGCGGUGAUCCAGGGCUUCUUCUGUAAGGAGACUGAACAUGCAGUCCUAAUUCUUGAUAAUGUUGAUGCAACUUGGACAAUCCCCAAAUCACACCCACUUGUAUCUGUUACUAAUGGUUUUGUGGACACAUUUAGCAUUGUGAAGGACAGUGAUUUAUGCUCUCCCACAAGCUCUCUGUCUACUUUUUAUUCCAUCUUGCCCACCAAACAAAUGACCAAAGUGUGCUUUCCAGAUCAAACUCCUCGAUUCCUGCGUUUUCUUCUAUUGGGAAACCGAAGAGCCUCUAAGCUCAUUUUGGCUGUAUUCUACAAUGAGAUUCAGAGCCCUCACGUUUUCUUAGACAAGAGCUUUAUUCCACCUACUCCAUUAGAGUCAGCAUUUUCAUUGUUGGCUGAGCCUGCUGGUGCCAACUAUUUCGACAUCAUGAAUAACCUCUUGUAUGUUGUCCUGCAAGGAGAGGAGCCUGUUGAAAUAUAUUCAAGCAUUUCCAUUCAUUUGGCGUUGACCGUGACAUUUUCAGUCCUAGAAAAGGGCUGGGAGAGAGCAAUGCUUGAAAGCCUAACCGACUUCUUCCAGAUUGACCCAAACCAAAUCAGACUCACUCUUGAGAUGCCUGGCAACAAAGAGACCUUAGAGGUCAUUGCAAACAGUGAAGGAAAACGAAACCGCAACUGCCCAACUGUAACUUGUGGUGGCCCUUCUAUCAGAUAUGGUCAACGCAGACCUCUCAUGGCAGAAAUGACAUCACUUAAGACCACACCAGCAACAACUCUGGAAACUUUCUCAAAGGUGAUUGUCAUUGAAAUUGGUGAUCUGCCAAACAUAAGGAACAGUGAACCCAUUCAGUCCUUACCAAGUAACAGAUUACAGAGAUUGGUGAACCAGGUUAUCACUGCUCAACAGACUGGAGCUCUUGAAAAUGUCCUAGGUAUGACUGUUGGGGCCCUACUAGUGACUCAGUCCAAGGGAGUCACAGGAUAUAGAAAUGCAAGUAGUUUAAUAACUAGGAACCUGAUAUUUACCCGGCCCUCUGAGCUUUCCAUCCUGGUGCAGCCUUCUGAUGGAGAAGUGGGAAUAGAAUUGCCAAUUCAGCCACGACUUGUCUUCCUGGAUGAGAAGAAUGAGAGAGUAGAGACUUUGGGGCUCCCCGCAGAACCUUGGAUUAUUUCAGUUUCUCUGGAAGGGGCAUCUGAAUCAAUGCUAAAAGGGUGUACCCAGGCAGAAACACGGGAUGGCUAUGUGACCUUCUCCAGAUUGGCUGUCUUGAUCUCUGGGUCAAACUGGCACUUGGUUUUUACUGUUAUAUCCCCUCCAGCAGGUACUAAUUUUACAGCUCGAUCCAAGGCCUUUGCUGUCUUGCCUGUGGCCAGCAAGGAGAGAUCAACUAUCAUCUUGGCCUUGUCUCUGUGCUCAGUGACAUCAUGGGUGGCUCUGAGCUGUCUCGUUUGCUGCUGGCUGAAGAAAAACAAAACCAGAAAAAUAAAACCAGAAGACAUAUCUGAAUCCCAGGCUAAGGAACAAAAGAAGAAUACCCGUAUCUCCUCCAAACCCAGAGGACUGCAAGUAAAGACAGCAAAAGAGGACACUUUGAUGGGAGAAGAUAUGAGAAUGAAGGUCAUGCAGGGAAUGCAGAGCCAGUUUCCCCGACACUCAAUGGAUGGAGUGUCCAAAAGGAAAGUUAGCCGCCUUGCUGUCCCAGAGGAAAGAACAGCUACACCUGCCCCAAAGAUUCCCAGAAUCACCUGUGUUCCAGGACCACUUGCUCAGCAGCUGACCCUGCAGGAGCCUGGGAACUGGCAGGAGGCCCAACAGCAGUUGCUCAGAUACCAGCUGGCAGGCCACAAUCAGCUGCUCCUGUCCCGCCCAGACCUCAGGCAAGAGAGGAAACAGGGUCAGGAGCCUAGCCAGCUGGACAAAGGGAGUGACUGCACGGGACUGGCUCAAGAGAAGGACACUUGCGUUCCCACUGAGGCGUUCUACCUCCACCCUGCCCCACCAGAAACUAUCCAGUAACAGCUGUGGGCAUGGAGCACUGUGGGCAUUUGUAUGAAAAGGAGAAAAUGUUCAAAAUUAUUUCUGCAUUGUAAAUGGGGGAGGAGAGGUCUGACCUGUUUGGACAAGUACGGAGAAUGUGAACUCUAAAUCUUUAAACUUUAAUAUGGAAGACAGUCAGGCAAAUGCUGGUAGACUGAGAUUGUGAUCAAUUAUGUCUCUUGUACCUCUCAUUGAUCCUACCCAAUUCCAGCAAAUAAUAGAAUCUCAAAGACUUGCUGAUAUUUUCUGGGGUUCAAAUUGGUUACACUGCAGCCAACUUAAUACCUGUGCUAUAUAUACUGAAUUUCACCGGUAGCAACUGUGAUUAAGCUUCUCUUACAAUCAACACUCAGGAUGCUUAAGGAUUGUCUUAUGGAAGACCUGUGAUAGCUUUAGUUAGCUGAUGUUGUAUCUGCAGCACUAUAGAAAUAUCCAGGAGAUACUUUACACCAAAGUUUACCCUCCAAACAGAGUUACCUUAAUAAAACUUACUUGCAGAUUUUA